AGCUGUUUCCUGUUGACUAAUCGCUGGGACAACCACAAACGACCCGCGGACGAAGAUUGAAGACCCAGCAGUACGAUGAUGCAAUGCGAUCCAUCUUCCGCUUUCUUCGGUUUCAUGGGCGUCACUUCGGCCCUGGUCUUCGCGAACCUGGGCGCAGCCUAUGGCACCGCCAAGUCGGGGGUGGGCAUCGCAUCCAUGGGCGUGAUGCGACCUGAUAUGAUCAUGAAGUCUAUCAUCCCUGUUGUCAUGGCAGGAGUUCUGGGAAUCUACGGAUUGAUCACUGCGGUGAUCAUCAAUGGCAAGAUGGAUGCAGCAAACUACUCUGCCUACUCUGGCUAUGCUCACUUGGGAGCAGGUCUCACAGUCGGCAUGAGCUCCCUUGCGGCAGGACUUGCCAUUGGCAUCGUGGGUGACGCUGGUGUCCGCGCCAAUGCCCAGCAGCCACGACUCUUCGUAGGGAUGAUCCUCAUCUUGAUCUUCGCCGAGGCCUUGGGUCUCUACGGCUUGAUCGUUGGCCUGGUUGUGGCCUCCACUGCGGAGGGCAAAGGAAAGGGUCUUUGCUCACCUUACGCUUGAGACAGAAAAUGAAGGGGGGCCGUGCGCCGCAGAUGGACAGCCGAAUCCAUGGGAGAAAUUUUGGUGAAGCCACGCGCAGAAAGUCACGCGCCGUCAAUCGACGGCGCGAACCAAGCGCAUCAGCACCGAUUGCACCGGUCGUUGGACCUAUAGUCAAUUUGGACUGGGUUCAGAGGUCUGUUCCUCUGAAGUAGCAGCGCGAGCUACUUUGGACCGUUUUGGACCGAUGGUCUUCGGAAAAAAA